GUCAUAAUAUUUGUCAUUGUCACAAUUGAAUCGAAGUGUAUUUAUUGAAAAUAUUUGAUAGCUGAAUAUUGCUAAAUAUUACAUUUUAACUGUUUUCAGGAUUCACCAACUAUUUAAAACUAUGGAUUCAACUUCGUAACUGCAUUAUAAAUAAUAAAGAUUUUUCCAGUGGUUGGAAGGUAUUCAGUUGCAGAGAAAAUAAAAGCAACGAAGAUAGACUCCGGGUGGGGUUGGGCGUCUCCGCCCUUACGUCUUCAAUUAGCCUCGCAUUUGCGAGGCACUUGUAGAAUGGGAGAAAUGGCUUUGGGGGAUAGACCCCCAUCUCCUGCCAGAUUGUCACAUACUUCUGAUAAACAUCCCAAAAAUACUCUCACAGAGUUGAAUUUACUCAGAAGGCAUCGAGAAUUAUGUGAUGUAGUUUUGAAUGUGGGCACUAGAAAAAUAUUUGCUCAUAGAGUCAUUCUUAGUGCAUGUAGUCCUUAUUUUAGAGCUAUGUUCACUGGCGAAUUGGCUGAAUCUCGACAAACAGAAGUUACAAUUAGAGAUAUUGAUGAAUUGGCAAUGGAUUUACUUAUAGAUUUUUGUUAUACAUCUCAUAUUGUAGUUGAGGAAUCUAAUGUCCAAAUGCUUCUUCCUGCAGCCUGUUUAUUACAACUGACUGAAAUACAGGAUAUAUGUUGUGAAUUUUUGAAACGCCAAUUAGAUCCUUCAAAUUGUUUAGGAAUUAGGGCUUUUGCAGAUACUCAUUCUUGUAGAGAAUUACUAAGAAUUGCUGAUAAAUUUACUCAGCACAAUUUUCAAGAAGUAAUGGAUAGUGAGGAAUUCUUACUACUUCCUGUUAGCCAACUGGUGGAUAUUAUAUCUAGUGAUGAAUUGAAUGUGAGAACUGAGGAGCAAGUUUUCAAUGCUGUUAUGUUAUGGGUGAAGUACAAUGUGUCAGAACGCAGGCAGCAUUUACCUCAAGUCUUACAACAUGUUAGAUUGCCACUUCUUAGUCCCAAAUUUCUUGUUGGAACAGUUGGAUCUGAUUUAUUAGUGAGAUCAGAUGAGUCGUGUAGAGAUCUUGUAGAUGAAGCAAAGAAUUACCUCCUUUUGCCUCAAGAAAGACCUUUGAUGCAAGGACCAAGAACAAGGCCUAGAAAACCAACAAGAAGAGGUGAAGUUCUUUUUGCGGUUGGAGGAUGGUGUAGUGGAGAUGCUAUAGCAUCUGUAGAAAAAUUCGAUCCGCAGACAAUGGAGUGGAAGAUGGUUGCACCUAUGAGCAAAAGAAGAUGUGGGGUUGGGGUAGCAGUGUUGAAUGAUUUGUUAUAUGCUGUAGGAGGACAUGAUGGCCAAAGUUAUCUGAACAGUAUUGAAAGAUAUGAUCCUCAAACUGACCAGUGGUCUUGUGAUGUGGCACCUACAACUUCUUGUAGAACAAGUGUAGGUGUUGCAGUUCUUGACAAUUUGCUGUAUGCUGUUGGUGGACAGGAUGGAGUACAAUGCUUGAACCAUGUUGAAAGGUAUGAUCCCAAAGAAAACAAAUGGACAAAAGUGGCCCCAAUGACAACUCGUCGUUUAGGAGUCGCUGUUGCUGUGUUGGGUAAUUAUUUGUAUGCCAUAGGGGGUUCAGAUGGUCAAUCCCCUUUGAAUACAGUGGAGAGAUACGAUCCUCGUCACAAUAAAUGGACGUUAGUUAGCCCAAUGUCGACAAGAAGAAAACACCUAGGCUGUGCCGUAUUCAACAAUUUGAUAUAUGCAGUAGGAGGAAGAGAUGAUUGUAUGGAGUUGUCUAGUGCCGAACGAUACAAUCCACAUACAAAUACAUGGAGUCCUAUUGUAGCUAUGACAUCUAGAAGAAGUGGGGUUGGUUUAGCAGUUGUAAAUGGGCAACUGUAUGCUGUUGGAGGUUUUGAUGGAACAGCUUACCUUAAAACAAUAGAAUUUUAUGACACAGAGCAAAAUCAGUGGAGACUAUGCGGAUCGAUGAACUAUAGGCGAUUAGGAGGUGGAGUUGGUGUUAUGAGAGCACCACAAACUGAAAACCGAGUCUGGUAGUAUUUCCUAAUCAAUGCAGAAAAAAUGAAAAGGUCAUUUUAGCAUAACCAUGACAAGGUGUGGCAAUGAGAGAAAUAACAUCUCAUAGAGCUGAGAACUCUAUGGCAGAAUUAUUGUUGAAAAUUGAAUUAUUUAUUUUAUUGUUUUCUUGGGAAAUAUCGAGUUAGCGGACACUAACAAAUAUCACAGGUUUCUGCAAUGCAUAAUUUUAUUUUGAUCUCUUAGUUAAGACCUAAAGUAUUAAAAGUUUCUUCAUUGACUCUUUCAUUUCCCAUAAAGAGCAGCUAUAAUUAAAUAGGACAAACAAAUGUUGACAAUCGUUCUAUAUAUAAUUUAGUUUUUGUUUUGUUUUUGCCAAUGUAUGAUAGUUUAUUUAUUCAAAUUUAUUUUGUUGAUACAACAAGGCAUUAAAAUACAGUAGAACCUUGAUUAUCUGGGCUGGGAUCUAGCCUUUGCUGGAAAAUCAAAAAUUCAGUUUUAAUUUUUUGUAACCAUUUUUUGAUUCAAUCACUGUACCAAGUCAAAUGAAGAGUUAUACUACAAAUCCACAUCUGAAUGAAAUAAAAGUUUAUUUAUUUAUUUAUGAAUGAUGAAUGAAUAUACAUACUAGAUUUGGAAAAUCUCUAAAAAAAAAAUCACUAAUUUUUGUUUGUUUUUGGGAUUUGCCUCCUUGUAAGUUCCCUCAGUUUUCUGUGCUGAAGCAGAUGAAUGUCAUCAGUUACAAUAUAUCUUGAAAAUAUUGGAUAAGUACAUUUACCGCAUCCUCUGCUUCUCGAUGACUUGUUUUCAUAAUGCAGUUAUUCUCAUUGUCAUCACCACUUUUGUUUUUGAGGACUGGUUGUUUAGAUAAUCAUCAUCCUCAAUUUGAUGAAAGCCAUCUUCUUUGUUAUCAUAUCAUAUUUAUUCCUGCAUUACAUUAUUGUCUAUUCCUUCUAAACCUCUGAUUCAACUCUAUAUUUUUGAUCUAUACCUCACUUUCAUCUAAGUUAUUAUUACCUUCAGUAUCGCCUUCAUCUUUUAAGGUCAUUAUUUUAUAAAAUGUGUUUUUGAUAUUCGUCUCUUUCACUUCUCCCAAGAGUUGGUCUCUCCUAUAAAGCCUUUUCAUUGCCUCUAUAACACCUUGAUCCAUGGGUUUGGCAAGAGAUAUUACAUUUGGAGGAAAAUAUAAUGCAUAUAUGUUACCAUCUGCUGAUCUCAGUUGCUCCGAUGGCGCAUUAGCCAGUGAUAGUACAGUCUUGUAUGGAAGAUUAUUUAUUGCAGAUAAGUUUCAACUUUUGUUACACAUUUUUCGAAAAAUAAUUUUUUUAUAAUAACAAGAUGCCUUUUUUAUAAUCCCAGGCAAUGUCUUUACAUUUUUGAAAGCCCUGGCAUUAAUUGAUUUUCCUAUGACAGCGAACCUAAGCUUAUGAGUUUCUGAUGCAUUAGUGCAGCAUAAAACUGUCACACAGUCUUUGCUUACUUUGAAACCUAAAUGAAAAUUUACCUAAAAACCCUGACGCUAACCUGUUACACUAUUUUCUGAGCCCACAGCAAGUGUUCUUUUCUGCAUUGCUUUCCAAUAAGAUAUUAGAUUGUAUUCUGUUAUGUUUUCUAAAUCGUAGCAAAAUUCUACCAUAGCAUCAACAUCAGCACUUAGUUUCUCUGCUUGAAUAGAUAUUCCAUGACGUUUUUUUAAAUAUUUAUAGCCAACCAGAAGAUCCUGAAAAGUUUUAAUCUACUACUAGUGAAACGUUUGGGCUUGUCUGGCACACAGGUCCUGAUAUUUUCAA